GUUCAACACUCUGUACACACAAAGGACUGGGAUGCAUUGACAGACGACGGAGACAAAGAAACACUGUGGAAAGGGAUACAGCUAUGCUAAACUAAUUGCCACUUGGAUUGAACUAAGCAGAUAGCUCUCCAUUGGAUGAUUACUGCAAUGUUUCAGCUGCAACAAGACCUUCAACCCUCUAACUGAUGCAAUUCCUCUGCCCUGACCACAAUCAACAGGAUACCUUUGAAAUAAACCAAAUCAACAAAAAAUAUUCGGAUAAACUCCUGCCAAAUGGCAAACCCAACCUGCCAGUUGUUGGCAGUGACAGUUGUGCUUGGGGCUGUUCAACUGAUCACAAGUUACAGCUUUAAGAACUGCAUUGAGGAUCCCAGAGCAAAAGGAAAAAACUUCACCUGCAUCAAUCGAGGGGAGAGCAACAUAUCUGCCAUUGUGGAUGACCUGCCACUGUCUGCCUUCAGUAUUGUCAUCGCAAUUAAUCCAAUCUCACACAUACCAAACAGAGCCUUUGAAAACUUUCUAAACCUCGAACAUCUUAAACUGGAUCAUAACCAUAUCAGUACCAUUGAUGAAUUUGCUUUCCGAAACUUGAUGAAGCUCAGGUCUCUGAAUUUAUCCUGUAACUACAUAUUGGAACUGAAACCCUCUCUAUUUGAGGACCUGCGUAAUCUCACUUUUCUUUCACUGACAAACAACAGGUUGAAGAUGCUCCAAGUCAACAUUUUCUCCACUGUUCCCCAACUAGACACUUUACUACUGCGACAAAAUUUCCUGACAAAUUUCUCACAGAUUGCUCAAUCUGUUUCACCCCUAAGAUAUCUGAAGACAUUAGACCUUUGCUUUAACAAUUUGACGUCUCUCAACAACUCAAACAAUUUACUGAAUCAGUCUCUCAACAUCUUAUAUUUAUGCAGGAACAAUCUGAUCAGCCUGGGGUGUGAACACUCAUUUUUCAGGUACGUCCAUCUUCUAGAUUUGUCAAACAAUUUUAGACUACCAACAAAAGCUUUUCAAGGAGUGGAUCUGAGCCAUCUAAGAUACAUACGUUUGUCCUCUACUGCUGUCAAAAUAGUGGAUUUUUUAAAUACCACUAACAUCAACGUAGAUUGUGUCGAUUUCUCUGCUACUGGUCUAAAAAACGAGAGCCUGAUCAAGGACCUUUGCAGAGCAUUAAAGGCUAAGGUCCAAAGGAUGACAAAGUUGCGUUUAUGUCAUAAUGGGAUUACAAAUCUGACAACAAAAGCAUUGUAUGAUUGCCCUAAAAUUACUCAUGCUGUGGAUCUAUCUCACAAUAGGCUGAAAAACACUAAAUGUCUUAGUUUCCUCACCAAACACAAUAAUAUACAGAAUUUCAGUGCCGAGCAUAACCAUUUCAUCUCACUCCCAUCCUGCAGGAGAAAAAACAGAACAGACAUGGUUACUUUCAACAAUUUAGAAAAUCUGAGCUAUCGUUACAACCGCAUCCUCUCAGUCAGUUGCUAUGCUUUCAGUAACACACCAAAUCUCAAGUGGCUACAACUCAACAUAAACACAAUAGCGUUCCUUAAUCGCAAAGCUCUCAGAGGGUUGAAGAAGCUGGAGACACUCCGUUUGGAUAAUAACCUCUUAACUGAUUUGUUCAAUGACACCUUUGAAGAUCAAAUCAACCUAGAAAUACUUAACUUACGUAACAAUCAAAUUUCUGUCAUUUUCAAUAACACGUUUCUCAAUCUCAGAAAACUGACAACACUAGACCUGGGAGGAAAUAAGAUCUCUCAUUUCGAACCACUGGGCCUCGAAGGACUUCAUAGUUUGUCCAAGUUAUAUCUGGAUGGUAAUAAUCUAAAACAGAUUGAUUCUUCUCUUUAUCAUGCAUUUCAAAACAAACUGAGAGCGCUGGAUUUACAGCGCAACCAGAUUCGCUUCCUCAAUGAAACUGACAUUUCCCCAUUUGUUAAUCUCUCAAAACUCAGUGAUCUGAAAUUGGAUGGACAGCGGCCCUAUGGCCUCACUCUUCUACCGCGAAAUUUCUUCCGUGGCCUCCGCUCUUUACGCUCUCUGUAUCUCACCGAUAACCACAUCUCUCAUAUUGCUCCUGAUGCGUUUGAUGACUUGGCAGGAUUACAUUUCCUCACAUUAAUCAAUUGCUGUGUUGGAGUAGCACAACUACAACCAGGUGUCUUUAAAAAUUUAAAGAAUUUGACCAAAUUGAUUGCAGAAAACAUGGGCAUCCAAAACUUCUCAAAGGAAGUUUUUGGAAAUCUGACACAGUUACACACACUGCAGCUCAACCGUAAUGUCAUGCAGAGCAUUGACGUCGAUGCACUGGAAAAUCUCCCUAACCUCCACUACCUCGACAUACGUAAUACUCCUUUAACCUGUACCUGCCAAAACACAAAGCUGCAAAACUGGACACUCCAUAAUCCAAAAGUUCAGGUGGUGUAUCUCUACAGUCAACCCUGCCAAAAUGAGAGAAAACACAAAUUCUACAACUUUGACACCAGAAUUUGUUAUAUAGAUCUAGGCGAGUACCUCUUCAUCACUACAGCAGUUAUUAUUGCUCUGUUUACAGUCUCUCCAAUACUUUAUGUAAAACUGUACUGGAAACUGAAAUACAGCUACUAUGUGUUUCGUGCCUGGUUUAGUGAGCAGUGGCGCAGACUCAGAGAGGAGGAGGAAAAAUGCAAAUAUGAUGCUUUUAUAUCCUACAAUUCCUCUGAUGAACAGUGGGUCAUGGAACAGUUGCUGCCCAACCUAGAGGGAAGUGGAUCAUCCUUUAAACUAUGCCUACAUCACAGAGACUUUGAGUUGGGCCGCGAUAUUGUGGACAACAUUGUCUCUGCUGUCUACAGUAGCCGCAAAACUGUUUGUGUGGUCAGUCAGAAUUUCCUAAGGAGUGAGUGGUGUUCUCUGGAGAUACAACUGGCCAGCUAUCGCCUCUUUGACGAGCAUCGGGAUGUUCUUCUGCUUGUGUUUCUGGAACCAGUUUCAGAGAGGAAGAUAUCAACCUAUCAUCGGAUGAGGAAGGUGAUGCUGAAGAAGACGUAUCUGCAGUGGCCUGGCUCAGACUGUGCUGACCCGACACAGGCCCAAGACCUGUUUUGGAAUCAGUUACGGAGGGCAAUAAGAACGGGUGGUCAACUUGAGACAGAUGAAGAUGAAAGAUGUAUAAAUCUUGUGACAGAACCAUCUGACACUGAAACAUUAGAUGAAACUUAUUAUCUAUUACCAUGACAAAAAUCUAAGACAACACUCUUUCACUGUUAAAUGGAUUUGUAUAUGCAUUAAUCCAGUCAGUACAAUAUUGUAAAUGUAAAUGUGUGACGGACCAUACAUUGAAAAAUAAGGUCAUUUAUACAUACACAGAUCAACAAUAUCUUUAUUUUCUUUGCACAGGGUGUUCUGCAUAUUAUUUAGCAUUCAAAUGUGAGUAAUGCACAAAAUAAAAACUGGCUCCUUGUUGUAGA